GAAUAUAAUUUUGUCAGUGUGUUAAUGUCGACCCGAGAAGCCCCAUUGGACUUCCAAGGACAUAUAUACCCUCAUAUAUUUAUUGUAUAUAUUGUGUAUAUCUAGUACUUUUUUCUCUUCUGUCUUCUUGUAUAAUUCACACUGGGUUGGCCUUCAUUCUUUAUUGCGGUGGUUAUGUAACCCAAACAAACUAUCUGUGCUUAUAUCACUAUGAAACAAUAUCUCACAUUCAGCUCUGUGUGUCUGUUCAGUCCUGAAGCACAUGACAGUUUUAAACAGCAGCAUUGAGCAUCAACAUGCAGAAAUCUGAUUCUAUCAGCAGCAGUUUGUGGCAAUGCUUGUCAUUAUAUCUCCUCUCCUGCUCUGAGACCAGAGUCAAUAACAAACUACACACACUUCAACUACAAUUAACACUGUGUCAUUGUUCUCUACAGGUUGAUGAGGUGUGACGUCACAGAUGAAGGUUGUUCUGCUCUGGCUUCAGCUCUGAGAUCAAACCCCUCACACCUGAGAGAACUGAGUCUGUCUGUGAAUAAAAUAAGAGAUUUGGGAGUGAAGCGUCUCUGUGCUGUACUGGAGGAUCCUCGCUGUAAACUGGAGAAACUCUGGUUGAUGAAGUGUGACGUCACAGAUGAAGGUUGUUCUGCUCUGGCUUCAGCUCUGAGAUCAAACCCCUCACACCUGAGAGAACUGAAUCUGAUUCUGAAUAAUCUACGACAAUCAGGAGUGAAGUUACUCUCUGAUCUGAAAGAUGAUCCACGUUAUAAACUGGAGACAUUAUACUACUUGUAGGACUCUCAGUAUUUAGACGUCAGUUCAGUUUCCUCAGGAUCAGCUGAUGGUGAAUAAGAGCCGCUACAGGAAUCAGUGAUGUGAAGUUAAAUGAAUGCAUGGAAGUGUAAUGUGUGGAGCAGUGUUGAUGAACACAAGAAACAAGCUUCAAGGAAACUAAACUAAUUCAGCAAAAGAUGUUUUUAUCCAAAGGACAUUAAGAAAAUAGUUGAUCUGUUUAUACAGCACUGAAAACCAAGAAAAUCAAUGUGAUAUUUUCAGUGAUGGGCUUAUAUCCUGAGCUGUCCAGAUUUAAUAUAGAUCAUCAUAACUGUGUAUCCUGAAAUUCAGAAAUAGACAACUUAUCACUUGUACAUUUUCUUAUAUUUUAAUCCAGUCCAACAUUUGAGUGUGUAACCUUUGUAUAUAUGUGUUUAUAUUUAUUAAAAUAUGUGUCAUCUGGAGAAGAGGGACUUCCACUUGACAUCGUCAUGA